GUCAUUGUUAGUGUUACCGUUUUUGUUACCGUGAGUGAUUAAUGGUUAAAUGAAACUGGCAUGUGGUAGCAUGGCUUGUUGCUAGUCCGCUGCUGGAGAACGUGAUGUCUUUACUGAGCUCCAUAAACGAGCGUAGAAGCUCGAACUUAUAGAUAAAGUGUUUUUGAUCAUCGUCGACAGAAGAAGCAGCACGGCUCAACGCAACUGGAUCAAAGCUCUUUCGCUUAGAGACAAUAAUGAUUUUAAAGCAGACUGCUGAUGCUCGGUCAUCAGCUUUUUAUGCUCAGUUGUGUCACAACAUAAUUUGCUUCGCCUUGCAAAUGCAUUUUUCCCCUAACAUUUUCAGAAACAUAAAGAAGAUAAGCCUACGCUCGCUGUACCAGAAUACCACGAACAUCAGGAUAUACGUUACUUCCAACUUGAACCAAAGUCAUCCACUCUAAUUUCAUCUCUUUGCCCUGGUUUCCAUGUAAGAAUAAAAUCUGAUCAAAAUUUAUCUUCAACCAUAAUCGACCCUAUUAGAAUUCUUUUUCAAAUAUCCCUUGCAAAAGAUGCUGACUUAUUUUAAAUAGGAUCGGUAUAUAAGCAUAGAUGUCAUUCACUUAG